AUGAAAGGAUUGGCCUCAUGCAGUAUCGUAUCAUCGAACUCGCAGAUGAGGUGGGGAUCAGUGGUCACAAAUGCGCCCACAUGUGGACAAGCCGAGACCUGUUUCAUUCGUUGCACAACUCUAACUCAAACCGUGGAUCGCGACUGCUCAUUGCAGCAAUCAAAUUUUAGGAAAAACAUGACUGAAGAAGACGCUGAAGCUGCAAAAGAAGACCGAAUGAAGCACCAACUACAUGAGGAAGUGCCGUCCACGGAUCCGCCUGGAGAGCGAUCGCGCGCAUCGUCGCUGAUCGUCAACUAUUUACACCUGGAUGCUGACAAAGUGUUAUCGGCAUAUGGGAAAUUCGGUCGAUAUCAGAUGGUUACCUACCUAAUUACGAAUAGUGUACACAUCCUCUUCGCGAUCAAUAUGAUGGUGAUGCCAUUCAUUACGGAAGAUCCUAAAUUUGAGUGUGAAAUCACUCCUCCGAAAGGUGUGAAUUGGGACUAUACUAUAGUGGACAAGUGCACAGUAAUGGAUAGCAAUAACUGGACACUCACAUGUAGCAGUAUUCCCGGGGCCAGGUACAACUACAGCGACGAUAAACACGAAUCAUUAGCCUCGGAAUUCAACCUCGUCUGUGACAAUUACGAGGCCGUGGAACAUGGCGCAUCUGUGUUCAUGCUCGGCGGAAUGCUCGUCGCUCCAAUCAUCACGCAACUAUCGGAUCUCUUCGGCCGUCGGCUCACUUUCCUUAUUCCUCUCUAUGUGGCCGUGGUUUCAAAUUUGAUUUGUGCUGUCGCCCCGAACUACCUUGUAUUUUUAGUAUUUAGAUUCAUUGCUGGAGUAGCGACAACGGGCUUUUCCGCCAUCGGAUGGGUUCUCUGCAUGGAAUCGGUUGCUUUGGAGUUCCGUUCCCUCAUUCCCUUAAUGGGCAGUAUCACGUGGGUUAUUGGGUACGUAGCAGCCGGAGUCCUGAAAUUAUUUAUCUCAAACUGGCGUUGGCUUUAUUUCGCAGUCUCUGUUCCUGGCAUUCUGACAAUACCAUACUACUGGUUGACACCUGAAUCUCUCCAUUGGCUAAUAACGAACAAAAAGAACAAAGGUGUUUCCAAAUACAUUCGUACCUCCUCCCGCUUUAAUCGCGUGGAAAUCCCACUGCACGAGUGCAAGUCCAGCACUAAUCUAGAUGGCGAAGGGAAGAAAAGAACGUUUUUCGAUAUCUUCAAGUGUCCCGCCCUCGUGAUCCAUCUCCUGCUCAAUGCUUAUAUCCUAAUUGUAAUGAACGGAACUUACUGGGCCCUUUCAUUGUUCUCAACAGAGCUCAGCGCUGACAAAAUGACGGGCUUCUUCCUAUCUGGCAUCGUCGAGAUCCCCGCCGGUCUUAUUGCGAUCGUACUUCUGGUCUAUUUCGACCGAAAAACUGUCUCGUUCUUGUCCCUCACGCUACAAGCACUCUCCAUGAUCUGUGCUCUCUACUUGCCGCUAGACCCCCGGAUAUCGAUGAUCUUUCCUCUAUUGGCGAAAAUGUCCAACACGAUAGUGUGGUGCUCUCAACCUCUUCUGUACACUGAAUCCACACCAACUUCUGUGCGGAACGUCUUCUGCGGAGUAGCAGGCUUUAUGGGGGAUCUCGGCUCCGUGGUUGCACCAUACCUCAAGCGAUUGGAAGCUAUUCAUAAAUCUGCUCCUGCCCUAGUCAUAGUUGUGAUGUCGUUGAUGUCGGCCAUGAUUGUUCUAAUCCUACCUGAAACAAAAGACAAAAAGCUGCCGGAGGAUUUGGAAGAUUUUGAUCCGGGACCGUUGUUGCGAUGGAUGAAGAAAAACAGGAAACAGAAGAAAGCUGAGGAGAGCUCUCCUAUGGUGACGAGAAAUCCAACAACGCCAGCGAUUUCGACGGAGGGCAAGGUGGCUCUGUUCCAAGCCUAA